AUGAAUGAUAAUAUAAAUAAUAAUAUAGAAUUAAAUAAUGUAAAUAGUAAUAGUAAUACAGAUAUAACAAGUAGUAAUGGAACAGAAAGGAAAUAUAGAAUUGCUAUGAUAUCAGAUUUCUUUUAUCCUAAUAUGGGAGGUGUAGAAGAACAUCUCUAUCAGUUAUCACAAUGUCUUAUAAAGAGAGGAAAUAAAGUUAUCAUUAUAACACACAACUAUGGUAAUAGAUUCGGUGUUAGAUAUGUAACGAACGGUCUUAAAGUUUAUUAUAUACCACAGGCACCAUUCUACAAUCAAUCUUCAUUCCCAACACUCUAUUUUACAUUCCCUCUAUUCCGUCAGAUUCUAUUACGUGAACGUAUAGAUAUAGUACAUUGUCAUCAAGCAUUUUCAACAUUAGCACAUGAAAGUAUAUUGCAUGCAAGAACAAUGGGAUAUAAUACAUGUUUUACAGAUCAUUCAUUGUUUGGAUUUGCAGAUGCAUCAUCGAUUCACAUGAACAAGUUAUUAAAGUUCUCUCUCUCUGAUAUAUCUCAUGUUAUUUGUGUAUCAAAUACCAGUAAAGAAAACACUGUAUUACGUGCACAACUAGAUCCUCAUCUCGUAUCUGUCAUACCAAAUGCUGUAGAUACAACUCAAUUUACACCAGAUCCUUCCAAGAGAGAUCCAAACAAAAGUACUAUAUUAAAAUCACUAGAUUUUACCUCUACUUCUAUUAACACUUUAACUUAUCAAUCAUUAAAUAAUCAUAUAGUAACUAUUGUAAUUAUGAGUAGACUUGUAUAUAGAAAAGGUAUAGAUUUAAUCAUAGAUAUCAUUCCGAAUAUCUGUAAGAAGUUCCCGAAUGCUCAUUUUGUGAUUGGUGGUGACGGUCCGAAGCGUGUCUCACUCGAAGAGAUGAGAGAGAAGCAUCAGCUACACGAUCGAGUAGAGCUGCUCGGUAGUGUCAAACACUCGAAUGUACGCAAUGUGUUGGUGCGUGGCGACGUCUUUCUCAAUUCCUCACUGACAGAGGCAUUCUGUAUUGCCAUCGUCGAAGCAGCGAGUUGCGGUCUAUACGUGGUCAGUACGAAAGUCGGUGGUGUACCCGAGGUGUUACCACCACACAUGAUAUCGCUGGCGCAACCGAAAUCCGAGGAUCUCGAAGAGAAACUCACCAAUGCCAUUCUGCAGUUGAAACACACACCGUUGGAGACUCACGAAGAAGUGAAAUCGAUGUACGAUUGGAACGACGUAGCGAAACGAACUGAGGCAGUCUACGAAGUCAUCUCAAAGGCACCGAAAGUUCCGUUCAUCGAGAGACUCAGACGUUUCGUUGGAUGUGGUCUGUGGGCAGGAAAAUUAAAUUGUAUGGUGGUGGCACUCGACAAUCUGCUAUGGCGGUGGCUUGAAUGGUAUAUGCCAAGAGAAGAUAUAGAUGAAGCUUUCGAUUAUCCCUAUCAAGCGGAAUAA